AUGGUCCCCAAGCCACUAAAGAGGGGCGCAAACACCUGGCCGCACCUUGCAGAGCCUCCCAAAGAAGAAGGAGAAGAAGAAAGAGAAGAAGAAGAAGAAGAGGAGGAGGAGGAGGAGGAGGAGGAGGAGGAGGAGGAGGAGGAGGAGGAGGAGGAGGAGAGGGAAGGGGCCUGGAAUUCCAAGACCCAGUUAUUUCACGGAUUGCUCUCCACUUUGAUGCUCAGCAUCAGUAACUGA